AUGCACUACAAAAUCUUACUUGAAAUUUGUAUAAAGGAGAUUAAUGCAAGUGGAAAACCAGGAAUUGCCUUUGGAGCUAAGAGAUGGGAAGUUGAUAAUGUUAAAUAUGCAAGAUUUCGACAUCAAGGACUAGAAUUUUGGGAGGAAUUGGAAAUUAUCUUUGGGGAAAUAGUGGCAACAAGUCAACAUGCAUGGACCCCAGCAAUGAGUGUACCAAUUGAAGAUAGUGCCAUAAAUAUCACUCUAACUAUUCCAGAGGAAAUUGCUGAAUAUGAGGAUGAAGAAUCCAAUCCUGAUGAAAAUGCUAGCCCUAUAGUAAAUAACCAAUUGAAGAGGAAACAAAUGGCAUCAGAAGCAAUGACUAAAAAAAUGGCAAAUGGUAAACAAAAGAGUGGGAUUGCAGGAAGCAUGCUAAAAACAUUAGAGAGAAUGACCAAUGCAACAGAGAGUCAUAAUGCAGUUGAAGCGGCUGAAAUGUCACAAACAUCUGAAAUUAGUGGGAAAUGGUAA